UGGCUAAAUCAAUUAGACCUAUUCUUUCAUAGUAAAAGCACAAUUCGCUUGAUAAACAAGCUCUCUAUAUGAAGUUUAURUAAGGACAGUGAAGCAAUGGACAAAAGCYCACAAGACAGAGCUUCAAAUCGAGAAAAUCGAUCCCUAAACKCGAAGAGAUUGUCAAUGCAGAACUCUAACGAGUUGGUAGGACCGAACGAAGCUAGAAGAAUCCGYUUGGCRACUGCUAAGGGAUUURCUACAGGGAAAGACAAAUCGUUCCGUACUGAUAAAUACAAGACAAGAAACAGUUCAUGGACUCCUGUCGUGAACCCUUACUGUAAUAAUCAGCUCUACCAAGAGAGAGUUGAUCUUGUAGGAAACUGGUACUCCAUGUGGACAGAUGCCCAAAGAAAAAACUUUCUAAAAUACAUCCUUCAAAGGUCAACUAAACUCCAACACAAGUUUGUCAAAGAACAAUUCUUCAGUAAUCCUCUACCAAUAUUAAAAGCAGACUUCACGAAAAUCCUACCUCGUUUUCUUUGUAUGUACAUAUUUUCGUUYCUGGACCCGAGAAGUCUCUCUCGUGCUGGUCAAGUCACAUGGCAUUGGAAGUUUAUCAGCGAGCAGGACGAAGUCUGGAUGCCAAAGUGUUUAAAACUGGGCUGGUUUUUACCGUAUWCGCCUACAGAAAGGGAAUAUGGAUCUUGGAAGCAUCAUUACAUCAUAUGUACUCAUACUUUGGAUAAAGAACCCCCAUCACAGCAAAGAAGGGAUAACAUCUACAGUCGUAUGGAAGCAGAAAUAGAAAACGAAAAAUUCAGAAAAGUGAAAGAAGAUAAGAGAAGUACAAGCAAGGAUAUCAUAUACUUUAAAAGUGAUAAAGUAAGGAGACCACCAUGGCUGGACACGGAUACAAACCCUAAAGACCUAGACGAUGCGAGGAAAGCUUUACUAGCUGAUUAUAACCCCAACCAGUCCGUCUCCUUGGAUACCACUCGGGCUGAGAGACUGGGACUGAGAGGACAUCACAGGUCGCUAACCGCGCCUUCUAGAAGAGAUGCCUGGGGAAGGUCUGCGGUGGCUACCACGUUGAAAAGAAGCGUUUCGGCUGGUAAGGUUGACGAAGUCGAUGACGUCACAGAAGAUAAACGACCAAUAGAAACCUCRCAGCUUACUCUGACCGAGGCCCUCGCUGUUGAAGCUGAAUUGAAACCAGGAAUUGUCGACCAACCUUGGCCAAAUACAAURCCAACAUCCCCAGUGAGAAGAAAAGACGUGACCAUCGGUUUUCAUCCAAGCUUUCACGAUUCUGUACUGGAAGCAGGUCGAUGGUCGAAGUUUCAGGGCAGCAGCAAUCAAUGGAACUCAAAUCCUUCCGUUCUCCUCAUAUCGUCUGAAUUACCUGCGUGCGAGGUUCUUUUAGAAGCAGUGUUACUUGGUGUUGUUGUUAUACCCUACCAAUACGAGUCUACUACGAUUGAGACUCUUCAAGAGAAAGUUAAGAUGACAUUGAUGGGUCGACAGGCAAGGAGUAUUGGUUUGUUUUGUCUUGGACAAGGAGGAUAUAUUCGACUGAUACAAGGUCAAAUGGUAUCAGAUGAAAGUCUCCAAGAACCAAACAUGAAAGCAUUUUGGGAAACACUGGCAACAAGCGUCAUCCCUCGAUCAGAUGGCGGACAUAUUGAUAUCUUUAUACCACUAACCGAGACAGAACCUGGCAUGGACUUGCUAGUACAACUUGGUCUCCUUACUGACAUGCAGAUAUCCUGUCCAACUGGUAUGACCGGUUCUUUCUCCAAAGUGGAGACGGAAUGGUUAUACGUUCCCGAUAACAUUCCACCACCAGAGUUGUACUUUGAUACCAAGAAACUUACCACGUGGUCUCGUCUAGUGGAUUAUCUAGAGGAAUGCACAGACAAAGUUCGUGCUGAACUUCUACCGUUUUUCAACGAAGAAAGACUGAACGUUGCAAGAAAAGUCAUUGGGGAGUUGGUUUUUAAGUCUUUGGGCCUCCAACAUAUCGAGCAUAUGUCAAGUAUCAUUACACUAAUAGUGGAAGCUAUAGAGAAACUACGACAA